AUGCUCCCAGCUCCAUCAACAGAAGCAUCAAAAGAAGAAGUCAAGAAACGAAGCGUCAAUCAUUCCCAACAGCACUCAUCCCUCAGCAACCACAACCUCUUGUAUCCUCCCCUCCCCUCCCCUAUCUUCAACCCGUCUUCAUCCAACGGCAACAACCCUCCUCCCGCGGCCGUUCUCUUCCUCGCACCCAUCUUCUCCAUCUCGACAUGA